AUUAAUUUUGUGUCACUUGUCAGGUUCCUUGAUUUAAAUACCUAGUCAUUCAUUUUGAGCCGAACCCCACCGAGUGCACUCAACUAUGGAUUGCAAUCCGAUUUCGCAGUUCAGCCUGCAACUCUUUGAGUUCUUCGUCAAGCCGUUGGACGGGCAGGAGGCCGCCGGUGCACUGGCCCCAUCGCGCUUGAGAAGAUGCGGCGAGAUCCUGCGCUAUAACAACGAGGAGCUGGCCGAGCAGGGCGACUUCAGCCUGGCGGCCAUCUCGCGCUACUGGCUGAACUUCGCCAGCAAGCAGGGUUGCAUGCUGCGCAGCCAAGCCGAGCUGCUGCUGCCCGGCGAGGAGCAGCGCCAGCAGCUGAUCGAGCAGUCCAAGGAGUGGCUCUUUCCGCUGGCCGAGGUCACCGUGCUGCGCAAGGAGCGCUAUGCCCUGCACUUCCAGCGGCGGCCGAUCAUCACCCAUGUGCUCAAGUCCGUGCUGACCCUGGCCGGCGACUACGGGCGUCCGCUGAAGACGGCCCAAUCGCCCACCAUGUGGGUGCAACUGCGCACAAAUGCGCGCGUCACCGCCGAUGGCCACCAGGAGCUGCGCGACUAUCGCCUGGGGCAGCUGCACAAGAUACUGCUGCGCCUGGUCGACUACUCGGGCUGGCGCUUGGUGGAGCAGGAGGCUCGCCAGGAGGGCACGCUCUGCGUGAUCGUGGAGUCGCAGAAGUGCUGCCAGCAGCAGGCCAAGGAUCAUGUCUGCCUCGUCAGCGGCCCGGUUCUGGAGCCCGUGAAGAAGACCGCCACCGCACUGAGCGUAAAAGACUACUUGGAGCUGCGCUCCACUCACAUGCGUUUGAUCGCCAUGCACCGCAGUGGAAUCCGUCCGUCGGGCAUGAGCAACCUGGAUUCGCUGAUGCAGCGCCUUGGGGAGGCUGCUGUGAUCGUGGAUCUCUUCGAGGUGCGCCACGUCAGCGCCGCCAUUGUGGUGCGCAAUGGAAUAGGCAGCUCCAAGGGGGCUUCGUACAUCCUGUACAACUCGGCGCGACUGGAGACCCUGAUGCGCACCUUUGCCGGCAUGGUCAACGCUGGCGUCUACGAGCCACUGCCGCCGCUGGGGGAGAUCGAUCUCAGCAUUCUGGAGGAUGAUAUGGACUGGCAGUUGAUCUACGGGUACCUCUUGCACUUCCCAGAGCUGAUCGAGUCGGUGAUGGAUAACUUGCAGCAGGGGCAGUGCAGUGUCCAUCUGCUGAUCCGCUACCUCGACAAUCUGGCCAGCGCAUUCAGUCGCUACUAUCGCCACAAGAAGGUGCUCGUGCAGAAGCGCGACCAACUGAUGCCGAUGGUGUACGCCAGGAUGUACCUCGUCAUGGCCGUGCGCCAGGUACUGAAUACCGCUUUGUCCCUGCUGGGCAUAGAGCCCGUCGACUUUGUAUAGUGUUCUAUGGAAUAGACCCAAUGUACAACCCACAAAAGAGGCUAAUUAUACGCGUAACCUGACGAACACCGAAUACUGCCUGAACAGUAGUCGGUAUAAUUGUGAUCUUUCUAAUAAUAAUAACACUCUGAUAUUGUUGUAACACUUGCAUAUGAUUUAAAUCCAUAUUUCGACCGCCCCCAAUGGAUCUCAUCAUAGUCAUAGCUGUAGAUUUACAUAUACUGAAUGCAAACUGUGUUACAAAUCAAAUCCAAGAUCUUCGAAUUUAUUUUUAUAAUAAAAACACCAAUAAUAUAA